AUGCUCGACUUCAUCUACGGCUGUAUCUCAGGAAGAUCAGCGAGAAGGCCACACCCUUCCACCGACCCCCGAUCCCCGGAGUCCAUCGCUUCUGCUAUUGUCACCAAGAUCCUCAAUGCCGACGAGCCCUACUCGCUCCACAAAGAACUGAACGAGGAAUUCUCCACCGAUAACUGGACCGACGCCAUAGCACAAGCUAUCCUCCGUGGCUUAGAGAAUGCAAUCCAAUCCGGUGCGGACAUGGCACGAGCUGCGUCUGACGCUGCAACCCAAAGCAGAAACGCUGCUGUCGACUUUGCAACGGACCAUCCUGUGUACGCUACUCUGAUUGCAUUGGGCAUUCUGGCGUUGUUGACACCGUGGGCUCUUGAAGUCCUUGGGUUUGGGGAGUUGGGUCCAAUUGAGGGCUCGUUUGCAGCUGCAUGGCAAAGAACACAUGCUGGAUAUGUGCCUAGGAAUGCUUUGUUUGGCUACUUCCAGAGACUGGGGAUGAAACGGCACUGGGCUUAA